GCUUGCAAGUAGCUCGGUGGACUAGCUAGCACUCCUCCUCUCAAUAUAUAUUGCUCAGUUUCCCACACAAAAUUCUGCUCAGCGCAACAUGGCUCCGUCACGUCGGAGACUAACAAAGUUUAGUGUUGGUCGAUCCAUAGCUCGUGUUGGGAUCCGUUCUCCCUCCCAUCGGUCCAAACCCACCUCUAGUUCCAGUGAAGGUGAUUCAAAAAUGGAGUUUUUGGGCAGUGGCAAGGAGAGUUUUUGUGGCGAUGGUUUUGGAAAUGGCAACAAGGUUAUGGUGGUAGUCGAUACAAGCCGUGAAGCCAUGGGUGCUCUUGAAUGGGCGUUGUCUCACACGGUUCAGAACCAAGAUACCAUUGUUCUUCUUUAUGUCUCUAAGCCAUCCAAACAAGGCCCUGAAUCUAGUUUGAAGCUUAAUCUGAGGGCUCAUGAGACGCUUCACUCCAUGAAAAAUAUGUGUCAAAGGAGAAGGCCAGGGGUGCAGGUGGCGGUGGCGGUGCAUGAGGGUAAAGAAAGGGGUCCCAUAAUAGUGGAAGAAGCAAAACAACGAAGCGUAUCACUGCUUGUGAUGGGGCAAAGAAAACGAUCGAUAAUGUGGCGCCUUAUUGAGAGAUGGGCAGGGAAGGGGAACCGCGGUGGCUCUGGGGCGGUGGGGUAUUGCAUCCAAAAUGCUUCCUGCAUGACAAUUGCAGUGAGGAGGAAGGGCAAAAAACUUGGAGGUUAUUUGAUCACCACCAAGCGUCAUAAAAACUUUUGGCUUUUGGCUUAGAUUUAUUUCACUUCCUUCCCUACUUUUGUAUGAUUCUUAAGAGAAUCGAUUCUGGGAAUAGCCGGUUCGAUGAAUUCAGGGGGCAUUUAUAUAGGUUGUGUUGUUUGCAGCUGCACAGUCUAAAAGUUAAAAAAAAUAAAACAAUAAAAAUAUUGGUUAAAUUGUUGAGAA